AUGAUAUCGGACACGGCUGCACCAUCGAGUCAGCAUGAAAUUUUGAUGGCAUCGGAGCUUAUCAAAAAGCCAUCAACAUCUCAAAAUAAAACGCCGGCAGCCCAAUCUAGUUCGAGCAACAAUGAAGUUGCCGAUAAUGUACCGCUGAAUUACCAUCAUCAUCACCAUCGACAUUUGUGGUGGCCAAGAUCAAUAGAUCACCAUUAUUGGUGUGUCCUGAGGAAAAAUCAGUUUUCUUAUUAUAAAACCCGAGAUGAGAGAGAGGCUAUAAGUGUCAUACCGAGGUUCGAAAUACUUAAUUUCAAGAUGAGUGAGCUUGAUGGAAUACUAACUAUUUACACUCCAUCCAAGGAUUUAAUAUUCAAAUUUCCCCGGGGGCAAAGCGAGAACAUCGACAGGGAACUGAUGCACGAUUGGAAAAUUGCCCUUGAGAAAUUUCUGUCUAGCCCUGGUGGCAACGAAAGUGUCACUACGGGUAGUGAUUAUGACGAGGACGAAGAUGAGGAUGAUUUAAUUGUAGUUGAUGAAAAGGCGGGCCCUUCUACCAGUAAAUGUUCUUGUAAUUUGACAAUGGAUGAGCAACUGUCCCGUGAAGACAAAGAGUUUUAUAGGAUGUUCGAUCCUAGAAACGCAGAGCACCAAGUUUGUUCUGGUAUUCUUUACACUAGAGUGAAAAAGAAGAAGCUGUUCAAUAGGGCCAAGUGGCAAAAGUUCAAUGUAGAAUUGACCAAUACUUCAUUCAAUCUGUAUUCUUUCAAGACCGGAAAGUUAAAAAAAAGCAUUAAAUUGGAUAAAAUCAUUGAUUGUAUUGAACUCGAUAAUAACUCUAAGAUUAAGAGUGAUGAUACUAAUUUUGCGUUGAUUACAUUUGACGAAAGGCUAUCUUUCAAGGCCGCUAACGAUCAAGAUAUGGUGGAUUGGAUAAUAAAUUUCAAGAGUAGCAUCUUAAUAAGAAAAAAAAUUAAAAGUUAA